UUGCCCCGCAGGUUUUGCCGGCAGCCCCCGCAGUGCCGGCGCCGCGUUCUGCUCCGCGCGGCGCCGCGUUCCCGGCGCGGCAUGGAGGAGAGCGUCCCGCCCUUCCCGGAGCGCCUCGCAGACGGAGCCCGAGCCCUCCUGAUGCCCCCCGAGCCCAGCCCCGAGCCCUUCCCCGCCCCGGAGCCCGGCUUCCUGCAGGAUGCCAAAACCCAGAGCGCGGCGCCGCCCGGCACCGAGCUGGACGAGGACGACGCCUUCUACGGCGCCGAGGAGGAGCCGGCGGCCGCGAGCCGCGAGGGCAAGGCCCCCGAGCCGAGGGACGAGCCCGACUUCUUCUCCUCGCUGGCCCGGCACGAGCCCGACGUGGCCCUGGAAGCGCACGACGAGGCCGGUGAGC